AUGCUGCUUGAGCGGAACGAGAGGAACAGAGAGGGCAGCAACGGAGUCUUCUGUUCUGUAACAGGUAGGCCAUGAUAGAAAAUUGCUAAAUAAAAAGACGAAAUUCUACCCCAUUGCAACGCUUUUGAUAUCAAGUCGAUGUAUUGCAUAAGUCGCUAUAAUGUAACGUUAUGUUUCGUUUUCACGAGAUACAGUUCGUGCAUUUGUACUCGAUGUUUCACGAGGGGCAGGCAACUGGCUACGUUUCUUUGUAGCGAGUAGUUCCCCGUUAGCAAUCGAUUUCCCGUAAUGGAGGUUCGUGUAGGGUGGCUUGCAGAACACACGUGGUACGUUCUUGAGCAAUUUAAUGGACAUCUUGUGACCGCCGAAAUAGAGUGUUAGGAAAGGAAGCCAGUCAACAACACAAAUACAUGUUGUUUUAGAAAUGGCCGGAGGCUAAUUCGGCUUACCAUGACUGGAUUCCAACUCUCAACCAUAGAAAGGGUAUACAGCUCAAGGCUGUGUGUUGCUCAGGGAGAGUUCACUCUGAAACCCCCCUACCCUAGUUAGCUCUAGAAAUGGGCUUGGCCCUGUAACGUUCCAGAAACAACUAAAACAUAGCCUAUUUAGCUACAAAUCUAGCUGCAUACUUAAACAUGUUUACAGCAACCCCCUUACCCUGAUAUUGAUUAUUAAAUGGGCUGAUCAAUGGAUUUGCAGUAAAACAUGGUGAAUGACAAAUAGCCUAUGAUUUCCUGCUAGAUGAGAACACACUGGAAGCAUUAAGCAAGAGAGGGAUCCAUUUUAUUUUUUUGUAUCUGCAACAAAUAGGUUUGUCAUAGGAACUCUGUCGAUCCCUAACCUGUCCAGCACACCACUGUUGUUGGAUGAUGGAUUUAUUAAUGAUGUUACUGUGAUCCCCUCCAAUCACUCACUACACCUCUCAGCUGAGGUCAACAUCAUACAGCAAGUAUCCUGUAGUAACUACAUGCACUUGAAAUGAGACACACAAACUGAAAAAAAGAAAAGGUUAACUCAACAAGGGAUGAUUUAAGUGAGUGAAAAGGUAAUCAUGGCUGUCUGGCACUUGAAUUAUUGUGGGUCUAAAGCCUAGCUGUGGUCCGGGACUGGAGCAAUUAAAUAAUGGAAUCCUAUCUUUUGGUGUUGGACACACACGGCUGAUGCAAUCUAAACCCAACUCAUCUGUGUGUGUGUGUGUUCUGUGAUUUGAUUGAGCCUCUGAUAAAGGACAGUGAGAUGGUGAAUAUCUGGGCUUAAGUGUGAUCCAUUGGCAGCGAACACUAACAUGGGGAGCAUCCCAAAUGGCACCAUUUUCCCUAUACAGUGCACUACUUUUACCCUAUGGGCCCUGGGCAAAAGUAGUGCACUAUAUAGGGAAUAAGGUGCCAUUUGGAACGCAAACAGUGUGUUAUCUGGGCUAAUCUAGAUUUGAUGAUGCCGUGAUCCCAUUGUUGUGGACUGACAGAUUAAAUAGUAAAUAGACGGCUAGGAAAAAUAUACAAACUCUCUUGGUAUAUAGUAUGGUCUACAUCUUGUCAUGAGGUAUUAAACUCAGGCGAGCAGAACCUUGAGAUUUCCUUAAUAUUAGAGAAAGAGCACCAGCUGUUAACAGACACACACCCCUGCCCCCUUUCCUGGCGCUGUCAUACGGUCUUGAAGAUGCAUAAAAAAACAGCUAGAUGUAUAUUUUCCUUGUUCAGCCACGACUCUGAGGAAAAUAGGAUGUUACAGUUCUUCAGGUCCCGUUGAUAGGAUAGUCUCGAAUGGAGGGUAGAGGCAGUCCGUCGGCCUCUCCUUAAGCAGACUCUUCAUAGUCUCUGGAAUUGGGGCCUGGUCCGGGGUGAGCAGUAUGUCCUGCUCCGCCAACACGUUAAAGUAGAAAUCUUCAUCCAAAUCGAGGUUAGCGGUCUCUGUUCUGAUGUCCAGGAGUUUUCGGUCAUAGGAAACUACGGCGGAAACAUUAUGCACAAAAAAGUUUAUUGCCGCAAAUAAACACACAAAAUAGCAGAAUUGGUCAGGAGCCCGUAAAACGGCAGCCAUCCAUUGCAGCUCCAUUCUAUACCAUACCAAAAACGCCAAAGGAACCUGUUUAAAUGACUCGCGCCUCUCCCACCUGGACAAGAGGAACACCUAUGUGAGAAUGCUGCAACUGGACUUCCUGACGGGCUUCCCCCAGGUGUUGAGGGAAGGCAACAACACAUCCGCCACGCUGACCCUCAACACGGGGGCCCCUCAGGGGUGCGUGGUUAGUUCCCUCCUGUACUCCCUGGUCACCCACGGCAUGACUCCAACGUCAUCAUUAAGUUUGCCGACGACACGACGGUGGUAGGCCUGAUCACCGACGACGAUGAGACAGCCUAUAGGGAGGAGGUCCGAGACCUGGCAGUGUGGUGCCAGGACAACAACCUCUCCCUCAACUUCAGCAAGACAAAGGAGCUGAACACAAGCAUGCCCCCAUUCACAUCAACGGGGCUGUAGUGGAGCGGGUCCACAUCACUAAGGAUCUAUCAUGGUCCACACAUACCAACACUGUUGUGAAGAGGGUACGACAACGCCUCUGCCCCCUCAGGAGGCUGAAAAGUUUUGGCAUGGGCCCUCAGUUCUUCACAUUUCUACAGCUGCACCAUUGAGAGCAGCUUGACUGACUGCCUGGUAUGGCAACUGCUUGGCAUCCGACCGAAAGGCGCUACAGAAGCCCAGUACAUCACUAGGGCCGAGCUCCCUGCUAUCCAGGACGUCUAUACCAGGCGGUGUAAGAGGAAGGCCCUAAUAAUUGUCAGACUCCAGUAGGGCUGACCCAAUUUAGUCGACUUGUCGAUUUGUUUGGUCGAUAGGCUGUUGGUUGACAGAGAUUUUUUUUGUCCAGCAGUUGCAAAACUUUUAUUUUUUUAUAACACCUCUUGAGGCCUGUCUCAGUGGCCUAAUCCAUUGUGGAGGCACACCAGUAUCACCAGUAGUACAUUUACUGUUAAUUUCUAAUCUUCAAUUUAUUUGGUUACUGUAAUUUCUGUUAAUGCAUUCAAAAUAUUAGGAUUAUGAUUGUUAGUCUUUUACAUUACUCAUUGUAGAAGUGGUCACUUUGUUUGCAGAGCGCACAACCUAGGCUACACUUGUGAGAAACAAAUUUGGUUUAUUUCAUUCCAUUUACGAGUUGUCAAUUUAUUCAUUGUGUUUUGUUUGGAGCACGCCUGUCAAUGUUGAGUAAGGAUGUGCACCUGAUUAUGCGUAGAAGUAGGCUACCUGGCCUGGAUGGAAAUGCAGGCUUAUAAAUGUGCCCGUUUAGGGAUCUGAUAGUAUUUCUGAUUGGCUUAACUUACCACCACUAAUGAGCUGUGUAGCAUCUCAAAGUAAGUUUUUUCUUCACCGCAUACAGCAAGUAAAUUAAGUGUUUUUACAUCCAAACUAUACGAUGUUGCAAGUUUGUUAGUGCACGCUUCUGGUAGGACCAAGUUGAUUGUAUCAACAAUGUUUAAAGUUCCUUGCAGACAGGCCAUGAGUAGCCAGUGUGAUUUAUUUUUAUCAGGAUAUUUUCUAGCUGCAGUGUUUUUAUUUGUUGACUUUAUGUAGGCUAUUUUUACAUGUUUGGUGAUGGCAAUAGAACUUACUUUUAGAUAGUUGAAACUCAUAACUGGCACGCAGAUUGGUAGAAAUGGUGAGAUCAAAAGGAGAAGGUUGCGGACCCCUGGUGUAGCCUAUUACCGGCAACUUCGUGAGCGUAAUGGCAGAAUCUGCUAAGGCCAGCAGCAGCGGGAGGAGGUUCAGGAACAGGUUAUUUUCAUCUGGUUUGGCUGUCUUGAUCUCUAGCUCCCUCUUGAGUCAUUUGUCUUAAUUAUUUAAUCACGGUGUGCUUAAAGCAUCAGACAAGCUCAAGUCUACAUAUAGUUGAUUUUAUUAAAACACAUAGGGUGUGUCUAUAUGGAAAAAAUACAUGUUUUAACAUUCCUACCAGUAGAUUUGUCGAAAGAACAGAUUACUCUUGGUCGACCAAGAUUAUUAUUUUUUUGUUGGACAUCCCUAGAUUCCAGCCUAGCAAGUCAGACUGUUCUCUCUGCUACCGCACGGCAAGCGGUACCGAUUCACCAAGUCUGGAACCAACAGAACCUGACCAGCUUCUUACCCCCAAGCCGCAAGACUGCUAAAUAUACUAAACAAAAAUAACGCAACAAUUUCAAAGAUUUGGCUCAGUUACAGUUCAUAAAAGGAAAUCUGUCAAUUUGAAAUAAAUUCAUUAGGCCAUAAUCUAUGGAUUUCACGACUGGUCAGGGGCACAGCCAAUCAGAAUUAGUUUUUCUCCACAAAAUGGCUUUAUUACAGACAUAAAUACUCCUCAGCACUCCCCUCCCCUCAGACGAUCCUUCAGGUGAAGAAGCCAGAUGUGGAGGUCCUGGGCUGGCGUGGUUACACGUGGUCUGCGGUUGUGAGGCCGGUUGGACGUACUGCCAAAUUCUCUAAAACAACAAGCUUCUUGAUAUGCCACACCUGUCAGGUGGAUGGAUUAUUUUGGCAAAGGAGAAAUGCACACUAACAGGGAUGUAAACAAAUUUGUGCACAAAAUUUGAGAGAAAUAAGCUUUUUGUGCGUAUGGAAAAUUUGUGUGAUCUUUUGUUUCAGCUCAUGAAACAUGCGACCAACACUUCACGUUGCGGUUUAUAUUUUUGUUCAGUAUAAUUAGUCCGGGUAGCUAUUUGGUUAACUAUCUGCAUUGACCCUUUUUUGCACUAACUGUUUUAACUCAUCACAUGUUUAUUAUCUAUCAUGUUGCCUAGUCACUUUAUUCCUAGUUAUAUGUACAUAUCUAAGUCAAUUAUCUUGUACUCCUGCACGACUCAGUACUGGUACCCUGUGUAUAUAGCCAAGUUAUCGUUACUCAUUGUGUAUUUAUUAUUACUUUUAUAUUAUUACUUUUAUAUUAUUUCUCUUUUCUUUCUCUCUCCGUUGUUGGGACGUAAGCAUUUUACUGUUAGUCUACACCUGUAUACGAAGCAUGUGACCAAUAAAAUUUGAUUUGAGCUGGCUGUCUGUUGAUCUGGGCAAAGUGUGGCCUCUUGGCACGGAGUCCUGGGGCUGACAGUGGCGGCCAGCUGUUCUCAUAUUGUGUGUGUGUUCAAGAGGGAGAAACGGCUGCGAGGGCUCCAUUCUGGCUUGUCACCUGUUCCCCUGCUGCUGGUUUGAUGUUGGAUGCAUCCUGUAUCGAGGUUUAAUUAACUUUGUCUGGUCCAAAACCAGUUCGACCUAGGCCUACACCUUCACCCAAACUACUUAUGCCGUGGCCUACAUCGACUUCAACCCUCUCUCUCCUGCCCUUUCUUCCUAGUUCCUCCCAAGUGUUUGAAGUUGCAACAGAAUAUUUUCUGUUCUUUUUCAAAAGUUACUACAUAGCCCUGAGUCUAACCUACAUCUUCACCCCUCUUCUUUCCUUACCGCUCCUCCUACAUCUCCAAGUUCCUCAGAGUGUGGUUUGAGGUUGCAACAAAGUGCUAGGCUUUCUUCUCUACUUUCCAGCAGACUACAUCGUCCUAACCUACAUGUUCACCACUUUCUCUCCUUUCCGCCUCAAAAGUCCAAAGCCUCCCAAGUUGUUUUUGUUUGUGUGGUUUGAGGUCGCAACAAAAUAUUCGGUAUAUGUCAACCUUCACGCUUGGAUGGCCUUGUGGCGUGGGUAUUUUGCAAACAAAAGAUACAUUUGCCAGUUUUUUUUGUGUGUACUUGGCACAGUGAGAUAGCUAGUUAUUUAGGCUACCCAUAUACAGCACUUCUGCUUUGCUGGCUAAUGUCUGGUUGGCUGAUACUGGGGCCGGGGCGAUGCAAGGGUCGCAAUACUCAUUAGUAUUGUUGCAAGGAAAUAAAACACAAAGCCGAUUUAUCUUCUUUAGGAAAACAGCCAUAAUGUUGGAAACAAAAAUUGUUGACACGCAGAGUCAAUUUAUUUUCUAGCUAUAACACACUAUUUUACAUACAGCAUGUUUUUUAAAGUACCAAAUACUUUUGUCUGCUUCGUGUUUUUAAUUUUUGCAGUGGAAAAAAUAUUGCGAUACUGGUGUUGUCCCGGCCCUAGCUGGUGUACACUACAGAGCACUGCAACAGAGAAUAGAGCCUAAUAUCAAUUCACAUUCCAUGCUCAAUGUUAGAUUUGGAAAUGGCAAACAUUGUGACAGGAAAGUGUCUUGUAUUCGACUAGUGCCAAGGUAAGUUGAAAAAUCCCAUUAUGUUGUAUGGAAGUUGGAACAUCCCUAUGGCACAUGAUGAGUGGCACAUCAUGAUAUAGGAGGCUAAGCCUUGCUAAUAGAAUCUUGAAGAUUGCAAUGGCAUGCACAUGAUCUAGCAGGUGACCACAGACUCAUGGUACACAGCACAUGGGAUGAGUUGGCACUGUCUGUUGUCCAAGUUGAGUGGAAUCUGCUGAGUUGUGUUUAUGAUUGGCGUAAACAACGCAAAACGUUUUCCAGUGAAAAUAAGCAUUUCUUAUUGGACAAGUCCAGGUAGUCCCAGUCCCCCCCGUUUGUCUGUUUAAAAAAAAAAAAAAAACAGCCCUGUGUAGUCCCUCUCUGUUUCAGCCAUUUGUGUUGGGUAGGGUUUAGGAGCCAGGAGGGUGUGUGUUGGCAGGUUGACCUCUCCCUCUUGGUCAGAGGCCUACGUGGAGCAGAAAGCCGCUAGCUAGCUGGUGACUGACAGUUUUAAAGAAGCCCUCGAGGGAUACCAUUUAAAGCAUUAAACUGUACAUAAAAAUAACUGGCCUUGAGUAGGGUUCUUAUUUUUCAUUUUUAAAUAAUGUUAUUUGUUGUUAAGGGCCAGUUUCAAACAGCAGUUUACUCUGGUCUUAACAGCUACAGUAGUAUCUUAUUUUCUUUAUGUUGAGUGCUUUUCUAAGCACGGACUAGGAACCUCUGUUUUCCCUGGGUCUACCAUCAGUUUCUAUGGGUCUCUAUUAGGCUGCUAUUCUUUCUUCUGAGGACCCAUCCCUGCUAUCCUGGAUCCCAUCAUUCAGUUUGGAUCCUAGGUUACGAGCCUGCUGCUCCUGCCAACAAGCUUCUCUUCAACUGAUGCUGGAUUUGCAUGCUAGCUCCAGUUGGAUGAGGUGUGACCAGACCACGGUUGAUUUGGAACAACCUCAGCCAGGUUCCUAUGAUCUUCUAGAGCAUUCACUCACACCUGCUUUACUUUGAAUCCUUAUUCUGGAGACAUUUGAGUGUCCAUUUAAUUCAUGCAACCAUUCAUCCAUUCACACCCUGACUCAACUCUAAUUUGCAUCCCUCAGCCUUAACCACCGUCACCUGGGGACACUCACUUAUUAAUUCAUUCCUGCUUUAAGUUCAAUUCAUAACCACGGUCACCAGGGACACUAAUGGGGUAGGUCUUGUCAUCAUGCUGUUAACGUGGAGCUCUAUUCACAGCCCUGUCUUAACAUGGGGCUCUAGUAACAGCCUAUUGUUAACCUGGGGCUCUAGUAACAGCCUGUUGUUAACCUGGGGCUCUAGUAACAGCCUGUUGUUAACAUGGGGCUCUAGUAACAGCCCGUUGUUAACAUGGGGCUCUAGUAACAGCCUGUUGUUAACAUGGGGCUCUAGUAACAGCCCGUUGUUAACAUGGGGCUCUAGUAACAGCCCUUUCUUAACAUGGGGCUCUAGUAACAGCCCUUUCUUAACAUGGGGCUCUAGUAACAGCCCGUUGUUAACAUGGGGCUCUAGUAACAGCCCGUUGUUAACACGGGGCUCUAGGAACAGCCUGUUGUUAACAUGGGGCUCUAGGAACAGCCUGUUGUUAACAUGGGGCUCUAGGAACAGCCUGUUGUUAACAUGGGGCUCUAGUAACAGCCCGUUGUUAACAUGGGGCUCUAGUAACAGCCCGUUGUUAACAUGGGGCUCUAGGAACAGCCCGUUGUUAACAUGGGGCUCUAGGAACAGCCUGUUGUUAACAUGGGGCUCUAGGAACAGCCCGUUGUUAACAUGGGGCUCUAGGAACAGCCUGUUGUUAACAUGGGGCUCUAGGAACAGCCUGUUGUUAACAUGGGGCUCUAGGAACAGCCCGUUGUUAACAUGGGGCUCUAGUAACAGCCCGUUGUUAACAUGGGGCUCUAGUAACAGCCCGUUGUUAACACGGGGCUCUAGGAACAGCCUGUUGUUAACAUGGGGCUCUAGGAACAGCCUGUUGUUAACAUGGGGCUCUAGGAACAGCCUGUUGUUAACAUGGGGCUCUAGUAACAGCCCGUUGUUAACAUGGGGCUCUAGUAACAGCCCGUUGUUAACAUGGGGCUCUAGGAACAGCCCGUUGUUAACAUGGGGCUCUAGGAACAGCCUGUUGUUAACAUGGGGCUCUAGGAACAGCCCGUUGUUAACAUGGGGCUCUAGGAACAGCCUGUUGUUAACAUGGGGCUCUAGGAACAGCCUGUUGUUAACAUGGGGCUCUAGGAACAGCCUGUUGUUAACAUGGGGCUCUAGGAACAGCCUGUUGUUAACAUGGGGCUCUAGGAACAGCCUGUUGUUAACAUGGGGCUCUAGGAACUGCCCGUUGUUAACAUGGGGCUCUAGUAACUGCCCGUUGUUAACAUGGGGCUCUAGUAACAGCCCGUUGUUAACAUGGGGCUCUAGUAACAGCCCGUUCUUAACAUGGGGCUCUAGUAACAGCCCGUUGUUAACAUGGGGCUCUAGGAACAGCCCGUUUGUUAACAUGGGGCUCUAGGAACCAGCCUGUUUGUUAACAUGGGGCUCUAGGAACAGCCCGUUGUUAACAUGGGGCUCUAGUAACAGCCCGUUGUUAACAUGGGGCUCUAGGAACAGCCCGUUGUUAACAUGGGGCUCUAGUAACAGCCUGUUGUUAACAAGGAGCUCUAGUAACAGUCCUGUUGUUAACAUGGGGCUCUAGUAACAGCCCGUUGUUAACAUGGGGCUCUAGUAACAGCCUGAUUGGACACAUAUUUCUUCAUCAGGGGAAAUGCAACAAUGGAAAUGAGGCCAUAUUGAGGCAGAAUUGGAGUUAAUGCUGGGAGGAAAAUGUCUUUAUGGGGCCCUAAUCAGAUGACUGAUGUACUGAUUAUAGACCAGGACAACAGUCUUCCAGCAGAUUGCAGCACCUUGUAUGGAAUUCAGAUGAGAUGUCACAGACCCAAGAAGGUGUGUGUGUAUGUACAGUGGGGAGAACAAGUAUUUGAUACACUGGCGAUUUUAGCAGGUUUUCCUACUUACAAAGCAUGUAGAGGUCUGUCAUUUUUAUCAUAGGUACACUUCAACUGUGGGACGGAAUCUAAAACAAAAAUCCAGAAAAUCACAUUGUAUGAUUUUUACAUAAACAAUUUGCAUUUUAUUGCAUGACAUAAGUAUUUGAUACAUCAGAAAAGCAGAACUUAAUAUUUGGUACAGAAACCUUUGUUUGCAAUUACAGAGAUCAUAAGUUUCCUGUAGGUCUUGACCAGGUUUGCACACACUGCAGCAGGGAUUUUGGCCCACUCCUCCAUACAGACCUUCUCCAGAUCUUUCAGGUUUCUGGGCUGUCGCUGGGCAAUACAGACUUUCAGCUCCCUCCAAAGAUUUUCUAUUGGGUUCAGGUCUGGAGACUGGCUAGGCCACUCCAGGACCUUGAGAUGCUUCUUACGGAGCCACGCCUUAGUUGCCCUGGCUGUGUGUUUCAGGUCGUUGUCAUGCUGGAAGACCCAACCACGACCCAUCUUCAAUGCUCUUACUGAGGGAAGGAGGUUGUUGGCCAAGAUCUCGCGAUACAUGGCCCCAUCCAUCCUCCCCUCAAUACGGUGCAGUCGUCCUGUGCCCUUUGCAGAAAAGCAUCCCCAAAGAAUGAUGUUUCCACCUCCAUGCUUCACGGUUGGGAUGGUGUUCUUGGGGUUGUACUCAUCCUUCUUCUUCCUCCAAACACGGCGAGUGGAGUUUAGACCAAAAAUCUCUAUUUUUGUCUCAUCAGACCACAUGACCUUCUCCCAUUCCUCCUCUGGAUCAUCCAGAUGGUCAUUGGCAAACUUCAGACGGGCCUGGACAUGCGCUGGCUUGAGCAGGGGGACCUUGCGUGCGCUGCAGGAUUUUAAUCCAUGACGGCGUAGUGUGUUACUAAUGGUUUUCUUUGAGACUGUGGUCCCAGCUCUCUUCAGGUCAUUGACCAGGUCCUGCCGCGUAGUUCUGGGCUGAUCCCUCACCUUCCUCAUGAUCAUUGAUGCCCCACGAGAUGAGAUCUUGCAUGGAGCCCCAGACCGAGGGUGAUUGACCGUCAUCUUGAACUUCUUCCAUUUUUUAAUAAUUGCGCCAACAGUUGUUGCCUUCUCACCAAGCUGCUUGCCUAUUGUCCUGUAGCCCACCCCAGCCUUGUGCAGGUCUAAAAUGUUAUCCCUGAUGUCCUUACACAGCUCUCUGGUCUUGGUCAUUGUGGAGAGGUUGGAGUCUGUUUGAGUGUGUGGAUAGGUGUCUUUUAUACAGGUAACGAGUUCAAACGGGUGCAGUUAAUACAGGGUAAUGAGUGGAGAACAGGAGGGCUUCUUAAAGAAAAACUAACAGGUCUGUGCAAGCCGGAAUUCUUACUGGUUGGUAGGUGAUCAAAUACUUAUGUCAUGCAAUAAAAUGCAAAUUAAUUACUUAAAAAUCAUAAAAUGUGAUUUUCUGUCUCUCACAGUUGAAGUGUACCUAUGAUAAAAAUGACAGACCUCUACAUGCUUUGUAAGUAGGAAAACCUGCAAAAUCGGCAGUGUAUCAAAUACUUGUUCUCCCCACUGUACAUACACACACACCUUGCCUUGCCGGAGUGACUCAAGGUGCAGGCUGCCCUUCCUGUGUGUCGUCGUUUCAUGAAAUCUUUGUGGUUUCCAGCAUUGUAGUGUUGGCACACACACACACACCGGAAACCAACAGCUGCUAUUUCUCUGUUGCUUGUUGUAAACUGCCUUGUUGGAGUGAGAGGUGGAUUAUUAUUAUUUUUUGUUUUUACAUAGUCAAGUGGUUCUUUUUAAAACGAUCCCAACCAAGCCAAGGAAAUGCCUUAGGCUUAUAUUCUAAGUUGAACUUGUUGGUGUUAACGCUCCAUUCAUUUAGGGUGCAUACAGAACCCAACAAUGCCAGGUGACUCAUUUUGAGAAGAUGGCUGUCAUGUAGUCCAGUAUAUAAGCCUAGUAUUGGUGACUGGUCUCUAUAAUGGGAGCUACUAGGAAAGAUAUAGCAGAAGUGUAGCUGACAUGCUUCUGCGGUCAAAUCACAGCAAACGGCCUGUCCAGGCAUAUGGUCCCGGUAAAUCAUGUUGUUUUUAUGGUAAGAGCGACAACGGGUAUGCUAAUUUCAGACUAGCCGGGGCUCCAGAGGACUCCAGGGCCUGUCAGCUGCUCCCGGGUGUCUUUGGGACAGGUCACCUGCCAUGUCACAGGGCCGCCAGGCCUCACUGACUUUUUCUGGUCUGGGUUGUACUCAUUGGGGCACACUGUAGCAAAACGCUUUGCAACUUUAAAAAAAAAGGACAAGUGUUUUCUCCUUACUGGAUACGUUGGAGACUGUUCCAUUUGAAAAAUGUAAUAUCCCCUUCUUCUCCUCCUCCGCUUGGAUAGAGCCCUCAAGUGACUAUUCAUGACGUUAUUUUUGGUUGGAAGUUUAAUUGAACAGUAUAAAACAAUCAGAAUGGAGAAAACCCAAUUUUUCAAAUCACUUAGCAUUUACAGUGCCUUCAGAAAGUAUUCAUACCGCUUGAUUUAAUCUACAUUUUGUUGUUAGACGGAAUUCAAAAUGGAUUCAAUGUUUUUUUCUCUCUCACCUAUCUACACAAAAUACCCGAUAAUGACAGUGAAAACCAUGUUUUUAGAAAUUUUAGCAGAUGUAUUAGAUGAAAUACAGAUCGAAUUUACAUAAGUAUUCACAACCCUUUGCUAUGACACUCCAAAUUGAACUCCGGUGCAUCCAAUUUCCUUUGAUCAUCCUUGAUGUCAAUGCUACUUGAUUGGUGUCCACCUGUGGCCAAUUCAAUAGUUUGAACAUGAUUUAGAAACACACCUGUCUAUAUAAGGUCCCACAGUUGACCGUGCAUGUCAGAGCAGAAACUAUACCUUAAGGCAAUUACAGGCAAAUCCUUGAUGGGAACUUGCUUCAGAGUAGUGCAAACGACCUUAGAAUGGGUGCGAAGAUUUACAUUCCAACAGGACAAUGACCCCAAGCAUACAGCCAAAGCAACGCUGGAAUGGCUUCAGAACAAGAAUGUGAACGUUCUUUGUGGCCCAGUCAAAGCCCAGACUUGAAUCCCAUUUAAAAUCUGUGGAAAGACUUGAAGAUUGCUGUUCACCAAACGAACUUAACAGAGUUUGAGAAAAUCUGCAAGGAAGAAUGGGAGACAAUCCGCAAAUCCAGAUCCGCAAAGCUGAUGCAGACUCACCCAAAAUGACUCAAAGCUGUAAUCGCCGCCAAAGGUACUUCUACAAAGUAUUGACUCAGGGAUGUAAAUACUUAUGUAAAUGAGAUUUCUUUUUCAAAACGUUUUUUAAAAUUUUUUAUUCUAAAAACAUGUUUUCACUGUCACUGUGUGUGUAGAUGGAUGAGAUUUAAAAAAAAAUAUUUGAUCCAUUUUGAAUUCCGUCUGUAACACAAAGUGGAAUAAACCGAGGGGUUUGAAUACUUUCUGAAGGCGCUGUGUGUUUCCACCCUAGGGUCAUGCACUACUCCAAAGUAAAUGUAGAAUGUUUUAUUAUUGGAAAAACAUAAUACAGUCAAAUGUAGAAAACAAAACAAAAAACAUAUUGUAAUGACACUUUGGCCAUAUCUCCCAGCUGUGAUUCACACCACACGCAUGGCGUUAUCAACAUAAUCAUAUUAUAUGUGACCAGGAGAAGUAAGACCAGGCACUCAGCAAAAUGGUGCUGCGUUGGCACUCUUACACCACUUGAGAUUUGUGUAUGUAUGUAUGUAUGUAUGUAUAUAUGUAUGUAUGUAUGUAUGUAUGUAUGUAUAUAUAUCUAUCUAUCUAAUGAAUGAGUAGGUGUGUUCAAACUUUUUAUUGGUACAUGUAAGAGUUCAGAAGGCAAAUCACUCAGCAAAAUGGUGUCAGGAGGCUGCCUGGGUCUGGCUACUAGAUAAUGGUGUCACACGACACAAUGCCCACUGGUUUAGUUAGACGUAGCGUUGGGUGGGAGGAUUACAAAGUGUCCCCCUGACUUGCUUACAGGCCCAUUGUUACCGUAGAGAGAAUCUAUCUGUGAAGUGUUCUCUCCAACAUCUGAACAAUAUGCGAUUGUUUCCCCUGUUGCUGUGCUGGGGAUGGCGUAGAUAAAUAAUGAGUGGAAUGGAACCCGCCAUCACUGUAGCUUCACUUGGAAUGGGGGAUGGCCAUUCUAAGAAUUCUAUGUCUAUGGAAUGCUGGUAGGUUACUCCUUGUUCCAUCGCCAACCAAACCAGCUCCUGAGAGAGAGAGAGAGAGAGAGAGACACGGUGAUGGGCUACAGGCAACAGUCCUCUCUGCUUACUGAUCUCCCUGUGUUUUUUUUUAGAGGUGUGGAGAGGGUAAAACAUUUUUGCAACGAAAAUGGAAAAGGAGCUUUUUUUUCUUUUUGGACAAGUUCAGUCCUUCCUGUGUUUCGGACUGCCAUCUUUCGAUUUGUGCUGACUGACCCUGCUGUGUUGGGGCCUUCCUGCUGAGAGGAUUCUGUGUCGCUAGCUGUCAGGGGGUGGGUGGCGGGGCCAGUGAAGUCACCCCUUGGUUUUGUGUGGACUGUAAAGCGUCUUUCUAUGCUUCCAAUUUCAGGCUUUUUAUUUUUUGGGUACGUCUUAAUAGCUGUUUGGAUGAAUUGACUCCAGUAGGACGGUUUGUGCCUCUAUUUUUCCACUAAAAUAAGUGUGAUUUGUGAAGAAGUGUGUUGGAUUUGGGUCUUUUCUAAGAGUUGGAUUUCCAGAGGACUUGUCAGUAAGCAUGUCGUUUUAGGUCGUUCCUUGGUGUCUCGGCCGAGCGUUUGGGCUCUAUGUGUAAGAGAUGGAUGGCUCGUGUCCAAAGGUCUGUAUACUUACUCUCCUAUCCUUUUUAUUUAGCCUAGUCACCCUCACCCUCUUUGUUUCCCUCAGGCCCUCUGCUUACUAUCCCAUUAGAAUGAAUCAUCAGCCGUGUGUGUGCCAGCCGUCAGCUUGCUAUCCACAAGGAGUCCCUCUGGUCGUUAUCUGGCUGGGCAGACAAACACAAACUUGUGUGAUCCUCUGGCUCGUGUGCUCUGCUGUGAGUGAAUGAUACCUUCCCAUUGGCAUUACCUCUCUGUACCUAAGAGACUAUAGGGCAGGGAUCAUCAAAUAGAUUCAGCCGCUGGCCGAUUUUUAUAAAUUUUUAAAAUAAUUUUAGUUUUGAUGGUCGGGGGGGGGGGGGGGGACAUACUUAAAAAUAAUUUGUAGGCUGCAAAUUGACCGCAAGAAGCCCAAACGACUAAAACGUAAUCAUUUCAGAUCUUGUUUACAUUUGUAUACGAUCACCUGUCUCUCUAUUAUGCUUGGGAAUACUUGGGAACAGAUUUCUUAGAUUAAAAACACUUGGAGUUGAUUUUCUGGUGUUUUUAGUCUUAUGUUCAACAAUAAAUUCCACAAUUUAAAAAAUGUUUUGCUCAGAAAACUUGAGGGGCCAAAUAAAACCAACCAGUUGGGGAACCCUGCUGUAGGGCCGUAGUCACAGCUAACUCCCCUCCCUCCCAGCUAAAUGUGGGACCAGAGUCGUGGCCUCCUGGCCCUCUUCCAGCCUGGCUCAGUCAGGGGGGGGGCUAUGGUCAGCGAUUUGUGAGAGGCUGCCCCCUCAGCUUCCCAGCCUGGCUCAGUGUAGGCAUGUUCGGAGAGAGGCUUCUGCUGUGUUGUAGUGGACUGUGUGGUAUUGGUAUGCUACUGUGAGUGGUACGCUCACGAAGUUGCCUGGCCUGCUGUCUGACACCCCUCCAUCAGUCUGUCCUAGUGGGGUUCUGUUGGGUAGGCUGCUGUGCUGUGUAGAGGACUGGGCUCCAUCAGUCUUAAGUCUAGCCUUAACUUAAUCACCCUGAGAAUGCUGAUCUCCUCCUCUCAGGGCCCGGCAAACAGCCUAGCGUUGGCGCUGACCCACCCUGAGAGAGAGAGCGAGAGUUGUUUGUGUGUGGGUCGUGUUACCGUCUCGCUGAAUUGUUUUGUUUUUAAAACGGUGCACGUUAAAGUACUAUUUCAUUGGCUGGUAAAGUAAAUACAACAAGACUAAAAUCAUAAAGACUAAAACAAGGAUUAAAAGGACAAACUGUUAGAGGAACAUUAAACAAACACUCCUCACUUCGUUCUGUUGUGGAACUAGCCAAUCAACUCCAAUUGGUGGGAGGAGCCAAUAGUUAGGUUACCUCCAGUCAUUAGCCACUGACUGAAAAUGGGACCCUUCAACAAACUAACACAUUUUAGCCUACAUUUAAUGAUAAAGAUGGGGAUUGUCUGGUCUUUUUGGUGAUUGUGUGUCAUCUUUAUCACGAGUAUUUUUUUUUUUUUUUUUUUCUGUCAGCCAGACUGGUUACAGUUGCGAGCUCUAAAAUGUAUGUUAAAAUUUAAUAAAUAAAAUAUGUAGUGCCGUGGUACAGAUGUGACAAACUAUCACUAGGGAAUUGCGUUGCAGCAAUUGUUUUGCCAAUACUGUAGCACGACUUAACUGCUUUAGUGCCUGGCAACUGUACCAGCCACACUUGACUGGUAGGCCCAAAAGUACGUUUCAGGUCCUGGUACAGUCUAAUAACCUCUCCUCUCCCCACGCAGCAACGGCAGCAACGGCAGCAAGAUGAACGGUUCCAUGGAGAACCUGGAAACGCCCGACCAUGACUCCAUCAAGAUGUUCGUUGGCCAGAUCCCCCGCUCCUGGACAGAAACCGAGCUCAAGGAGCUGUUUGAGCCCUACGGUGCCGUGCACCAGAUCAACAUCCUCCGAGACCGCACCGCCACACCCCCCCAGAGCAAAGGUAAGGGGGAGACGGGCACAGAGCGAACCCACGCAUACAUUGCACCCAGACACCCGCAGACCCGCAAUAAAUCCUUUCUAUACCGGCGGAAAUAUAUUUACAAUAGCCCAGACCCUAAAGGCCAAAGAGGACCAAAACACAGACAGGAAGACAUGAUGCCAGCACCACUCAGUGUCGGUGUUGACGACAAACGCAGGCGCUGCAAGCUGUUUGUGCACACAAAGUUGCUCGCUAUGUUCCUAAGUCUAUGACUUACUAACAUAAUAGAACCUUCUGUUUGUAUUUUAAGGGUUAUACAAAAUAACAACCCUUCUUACACCUGUGCAUUAUGGAAAACCAUUAUGUCUUUCCUCCGGUGAGAGGGAGAGAGAUUAUUUUCCAUUAAGACAUCCAUCCAUUAAGACACUCACCUUUUUGAAAGAGUGCCCGAGAUUAGCUGUUUCGUUUAGGCAAGACAGCGACGUGGAAGCCUGCCGUUCUGAAGGGCUCGCGUGUGAGAGGCUUGGGUGAUACUCCGGUAUAUGGUGUAAACGGUAUAUUUCGAAAUACCGAUGGUAUGGUUUUCAAUACCGUAAAAAAAAAAAAAAAAAAAAAUGUGUUUGGGAGGUGCGUGCUACCCCACUGUUAAAGAUGUACUAUGCAGAAAUCACUCUGCCAUUUCCUGGUUAAAAAAAAUGAAUAGUAAGCUUAAUUUCAGUUUAAUAAUCAGAGUAGACGAUCAUUGUACCGUCUAAGCCACAUUUGAAAUAGCUUUUCCAUAACCAAAAGUAUUGUUUUUGGCUUUUUGAAGCUGGUGUACAAAACCGAAAGUAAAAGACGAAAAAACGGAACUUAUGAACGGGAAGCAGAGAAAUAGAACAGAUCUACCAAUGAGAAUGACGGAUCUAUAACACACAUUUCUAUUUGAAUUUGGUCGGGUCGCCCAAAAAGUUACACAUUGCAGCUUUAAGUAUAACUAUAAGAAAUCUAAGAUUAUUAUAUCCAUAUAGCUAUGCAUUUGGUUUGCUAGCUAAGUGGCUAGAUGUCAAGAUCAUCUUCUUGGUUACAGCAGAGACAUUCAAUCCCCUCCUGGAUCAAAGAUCCCUUUUGUCUACAUUAUUACAAAAGUUAAUAGUGCCCCUUGUGUGCACAUUUGGUAAUACGUAUACCCCGGUAUGGUACAGAAACGGUAUGAAAAUCUGCAUUCCGCCCAACCCUAGUGUGUGCCACUGAAAGUAACCAGCCUCCAGGUGAACGUAAUAACAGAAAGACGGCUCCUUCGCCAUCUAUGGUCUGUGAAAAUUAGUCUUUCCAUUAAAAAAAAAAAAAAUUCUUUGUCAAUCCUGAGGGAUUCAAUACGGAUUUAAACCCUAAUCUACCAACCAGUGGUUUUUAUGUGGCUUGUAGAACCUUUCUUUGAUGUUGGGAUUUUGUCUGGAGAGAGUGGUCUAUCAGGCAGAGCCAGGAGGGGGGAGGGGAGGGGGGGGGGGGGGGGGGGUGUACAGAAGGCUAGGCCUAAUCUGACAGUUGCAGGCUGGAAUUUUCUCAGGUAUGUUGUUCCCAAGUUAGUUCCCACCUCUCUGAGCUGUGAUAUAGUCUACUGCACUGAUCUAAGCAAGCGCCACCUAAAAUUGAACUACUCUCCCUAUUCUGUCUGUUGUUAAAUUUACUUCAUGAUUAGGCUUCUGUAUAAACAUCUAGAUGGGCUAGCUAGAUGGAUGGAUACCCAGUCAUCUGUCAACACAAAUGAGCUUUCUGUGUACUUAAUGGUCAGACUAGUGUCUGCUAGGUACUGCCCAAUAUAGAGCACAUUGUGUGAGAGGAUGAAUAGUUCAAAGCAGAGGAGCUCUCGCUCUCUCUCUCGCUCUCCUCUCUCCCUACUGUCUCGUCUCGGUCUCUCGCUCUCUCUCUCUUCUAGGCAUAGAGUAGUGUCAGCUGUGAUGGCCCAUUGACAUGUUAAUUUAUUCUAAUGGUUAAUCUGGGUUGAUCACAGCAGCCGUUUGGCUCUGCUGGCUUUAUGCCAGGUUUAUAGACUCCCUCUCUUCCUUUCUCUCUUCCUCUGUCCCUCCCUCCCUCUCUCUCCGCCUGUUCUCCUCUAGUCAAUUCAGGGGGCUUUAUUGGCAUGGGAAACAUGUUUACAUUGCCAAAGCAAGUGAAAUGGAAAAUAAACUAAAGUUAAAUAAACAAUUUAAAAAAUGAACAGUAAACAUUACUCACAACAUUUCUAAAGGAAUAGAGACAUUUCAAAUGUCGUCAUAUGGCUAUUUAUGCCCCCCCCCCCCGUUGGGUGAACUGGGGAGUUUCAACAAAAGAGGCUUUGGUGACGCCCCCUGGCCCACGCUGCACUCCUCAACCCCCUCCCCCCACCCCACUCAUGCCAUCCAUCUUGCUUUUGUUUGAAUAAUCCUGAUUCCAUUUGUUUGUUUUGCCUGUAUCUAUUUUGAGUGGUCAGAUUUGAAGUGCUGUGUUUUUUUUUGGGUCAUGUUGACUCCAGGGUAUCUUUGCGAGAGAUCAAAAGGGAGAGAGGGAUUUGUUUGUAUUUAUUUAGCCUCAUCUAGGAGAGAGGAGCUCCUAACAUUGAAUGGCUCGACGCAUAUGAAGAGUAUCGCAUCUCUCCUCUACACAUCACGACCUGGGUAGGAGAGAGGAGCUGCACUCUACAGUAACGGCAUAACGCGCGCACACACACACACACACACACACACACACCACACAUCCUGUGAGGGAAGGGGAGCUGCACUCUACAGCAGUAGCAGCAUAAAACAAUAUUAUGUAGGUCAGAGACGCUGCAGUGCUCCACUUCUGUGCGCUUGCUCUCUCUACCAAGCUCUGUGUGUGUGCUUGCUCUCUCUACCAAGCUCUGUGUGUGUGCUUGCUCUCUCUACCAAGCUCUGUGUGUGUGCUUGCUCUCUCUACCAAGCUCUGUGUGUGUGCUUGCUCUCUCUACCAAGCUCUGUGUGUGCGCUUGCUCUCUCUACCAAGCUCUGUGUGUGCGCUUGCUCUCUCUACCAAGCUCUGUGUGUGCGCUUGCUCUCUCUACCAAGCUCUGUGUGUGCGCUUGCGCUCUCUACCAAGCUCUGUGUGUGCGCUUGCUCUCUCUACCAAGCUCUGUGUGUGUGCUUGCUCUCUCUACCAAGCUCUGUGUGUGCGCUUGCUCUCUCCACCAAGCUCUGUGUGUGUGCGCUCCCAGCCCAGAGAAACUGACAGGCUGGAACGCCACUGGUGGUCUGCUGGGGCGGAAGGAUGAGAGGAUUCUUCUCCUCUCGUUCUCUCACCCCCCCCUCUCUCGUUUUCCCUCUUUCUCUCCCCCUCUCUCAUUCUCACUCCCCCUCUCUCAUUCUCUCGUUCUCCCCCUUUCUCUCCCCCCCUCGCUCGCUCUCUCCCCCCUCCCCUCUCUCGCUCACUUCCCCUCAACCCUCGCCCUCUCCUCUCGCUCUCUCUCCCCCCCUCUCGCUUCUGCUAUCACCCCCCCCUCUCCUUCUCCUCUCUCCCCCCAUCUCUCUCUCGCUAUCCCUCCCUCUCUCUCUCUCCCUCCCCCCUCUCUCGUCUCUCUCUCGUCCGUCCCCUCGCCCCUCUCUCGCUCGCUCUUCUCCCCCACUCUCGUACUCUCUCUCCCCACUCUCGUCUCUCUCUCCUCCCAUCUCGUUCCUCCAUCUCCUCUCCUCUCUCUCUCUCGUUCUCUCUCCUCCCCCACUCUCGUUCUCUCUCUCCCCACUCUCGUUUCUCUCUCCCCCACUCUCGUUCUCUCUCUCCCCCACUCUCGUUCUCUCUCUCCCCCACUCUCGUUUCUCUCUCUCCCCCACUCUCGUUCUCUCUCUCCCCCACUCUCGUUCUCUCUCUCCCCCACUCUCGUUCUCUCUCUCCCCCACUCUCUUUCUCUCUCUCCCCCACUCUCUUUCUCUCUCUCCCCCACUCUCGUUUCCUCUCUCCCCCCACUCUCGUUUCUCUCUCUCCCCCACUCUCUUCUCUCUUCUCCCCCACUCUCUUUCUCUCUCUCCCCCCUCAUCUCGUUUCUCUCUCUCUCCCCCACUCUCUUUCUCUCUCCUCUCCCCCCACUCUCGUUCUCCCUCUCCCCCUACUCUCUUCUCUCUCUCCCCCACUCUCUUUCCUCUCAUCCCCCCUCUCUCUCGUUCUCAGCUCCCCCGUCCUCCUCUCUCCGUCCCACCCUCUUCUGCUCAAUCCCCCCUCCCCCCUCUCGCUCGCGCUCUCCCCCCUCCCCCCUCUCUGUCUCGCGCUUCUCUCGCUCCCCCCUCACCCCUCUCGCUCGCGCUCUCCCCCCCUCCCCCCUCGCUCGCUAUCUCCCCCUCGCCUCCGCUCGCUCUCUCCCUCCCCCCUCUUCGCCGUCUCCCCUCCCUCCCCCCCUCUCUCUCUCGCUCUCCCCCCCUCUCUCGUUCUCUCUCUCCCCCCUCUCUCGUUCUCUCUCUCCCUACUCUCUUUCUCUCUCUCCCCCUCUCCUCGUUCUCUCUGUACCAUUUUCUGUGUACUGUAUUGUCUUUAAAUGUGUGUUCACAUCCAUCACACUUAUGUAAUGGAGUGCCAUUCUGUCUGUCGAAGCGUGGGUGUUCAGCCCAGUGGCCCUCUCUCUACCACACACCAGUGAUCCUGACCGACGGCUCGCCCCUUGGUCUCCUGCUCUCUGCCCUUUCUGUGGCAGUACAGUUGUCAUGUGUGUCGACUAUAGCCUUCACCCUCACCCCCGUCUCCUUAUCUAGCCCAUCUGCCAGCUAGGAGCCACUGCCUGUCCCAUGUAUGCUCUGCAUUGUGUACUGUAUGUGCAACCGUUGGUGCUAAAAAAUAACGGGCACAUGUUCUAAACAUGUGACAUGGUGCAUACCGUGUUCUAUUUACAUUCUGUUGUCUUGGAACAGCGUUGCGUUACUGUUCUGUCAUUCAAUUCUGUCUUCCACCUUCUCUCUUUUUCUCUCCUCUCUCUGCAGGAUGCUGUUUUGUAACGUUUUAUACCAGAAAAGCUGCCCUGGAGGCCCAGAAUGCAUUGCACAACAUAAAGACCUUAACUGGGGUGAGUAAGCAGGAGGCGUGUGUGUGUGUGUGUGUGUGUUAGGGCUAACCCCAUUUACUCGACUGGUCGAUUGUUAGUCGUCCAAGAUUUUUUGUUGUUGUUGAGCAGUGGCAAAUAUAAGAAAAAAUGUAUGACACGAGACACCUGUCUGAUUCACGCCUGUCUCAGUGGACUAAACUAUUGCAGAGUCCACUGUGAUGUCACACCAGUAGUACAUUUACUGUUAAUUCCCACCAACCUAGGCUACACUUGUGAGAAAUGUUUUUGAUUUAUUUCAUUCCAUUUACGAGUUGUCAAUUUAUUCAUUGACAGGAGCGCUCCAAACAAAAGACAAUCUUGAGUAAGGACACACACCUGAUCAUGCAUUAAAGUAGGCCUAGACUACCUGGCCUGCGUGCAAAUGUUGGCCUGUAAAUGUGCCCAUUUGGGGAUCUGGUACUGUUUCUGAUUGCCUUAACUCUCCAUCACUGUGUAGCUUCUCACAGUAAUUUUCUUCUCACAGUAACUUUCCAUCCAACUAAAUAUACUUUCCUGCAACCCGCCUCACCCAAUGUGGAAGGGAUUCUAUUAUUUCUUUAUACCUUUUUUUAUCUAGAACCUCCGGCGGAAACUAGCUACUUGCUAUUAGCCACCGUUAGCGGUCUUCACCAUUGUCCGUGGCCUGCACUACCUACCAACCAGGUCUAGCCUGGACAAUUAUCGGCCAGUCUGCACAGCGCGCUAUCGACCCAGAGCAUAUCAGAUUUUCUGCCGGAAUCACUGGACCUUAACAACGGUUCAUCGCAACUAGACUUCUGUAACCGUAAAAGCCUUGGUUUCUUGCAUGUUUAACAUCAGAAGCCUCCUUCCUAAGUUUGAGUUAUUCACUGCGUUAGCACACUCCGCCAACCCUGAUGUUCUAGCAGUGUCUGAAUCCUGGCUUAGGAAGGCCACCAAAAAUGCAGAAAUGGCCAUCCCCAACUACAACAUUUUCCGUCUAGAUAGAACUGCCAAAGGGGGUGGAGUUAGCCUGCAGAGCUCUAUCAUACUAUCCAGGUCUGUGCCCAAACAGUUUGAGCUUCUGCUUCUAAAAAUCCACCUUUCCAGAAAUAAGUCUCUCACUGUUGCCGCUUGCUACAGACCCCCAGCUGUGCCCUGGACACCAUAUGUGAAUUGAUUGCCCCCCAUCUAUCCUCAGAGUUCGUACUGCUUGGUGACCUAAACAGGGAUAUGCUUAACACCCCGGCCAUCCUACAAUCUAAACUAGAUGCCCUCAAUCUCCCACAAAUUAUCAAGGAACCUACCAGGCACAACCCUAAAUCCGUAAACAUGGGCACCCUCAUAGAUAUCAUCCUGACUAAUUUACCCUCUAAAUACACCUCGGCUUUCUUCAACCAGGAUCUCAGCGAUCACUGCCUCAUUGCCUGCGUCCGUAAUGGGUCCGCGGUCAAACGACCUCCCCUCAUCACUGUCAAACGCUCUCUAAAAACAUUUCAGCGAACAGGCCUUUCUAAUUGACCUGGCCCAGGUAUCCUGGAUGGAUAUUGACCUCAUUCCGUCAGUAGAGGAUGCCUGGUUGUUCUUUUAAAAGUGCUUUCCUCUCCAUCUUAAAUAAGCAUGCCCCGUUCAAAAAAUCCCCAGAGAUUGGAAAGCUGCCGCGGUCAUCCCCCUCUUCAAAGGGGGUGACACUCUAGAUCCAAACUGUUACAGACCUAUAUCCAUCCUGCCCUGCCUUUCGAAAGUAUUUGAAAGCCAAGUUAACAAACAGAUCACCGACCAUUUAGAUUUCCACCGUACCUUCUCCGCUAUGAAAUCCGGUUUCUGAGCUGGUCAUGGAUGCACCUCAGCCAUGCUCAAGAUCCUAAACGAUAUAAUAACCGCGAUCGAUAAAAGACAGUACUGUGCAGCCGUCUUCAUCGACCUGGCCAAGGCUUUUGACUCUGUCAAUCACCGCAUUCUUAUUGGCAGACUAAAUAUCCUUUGUUUCUCAAAUGACUGUCUCGCCUGGUUCACCAACUACCUCUCAGAGUACAAUGUGUCAAAUUGGAGGGCCUGUUGUCUGGACCUCUGGCAGUCUCUAUAGGGGUGCGACUGGGUUCAAUUCUCGGGCCAAACUCUAUUCUCUGUGUAUAUUAAUGAUGUCGCUCUUGCUGCUGGUGACUCUCAGAUCCACCUCUACGCAGACGACACCAUUUUGUAUACAUCUGGCCCUUCAUUGGACACUGUGUUAACAAACCUCCAAACGAGCUUCAACGCUAUACAACACUCCUUCCGUAGCCUCCAACUGCUCUUAAACACUAGUAAAACUAAAUGCAUGCUCUUCAAUCGAACGCUGCUUUCACCCGCCUGCCCGACUGACUAGAAUCACUACUCUCGGCGGGUCUGACUUAGAAUAUGUGGACAACUACAAAUACCUAGGUGUCUGGUUAGACCGUAAACUCUCCUUCCAGACUCACAUUAAGCAUCUCCAAUCCAAAGUUAAAUCUAGAAUCGGCUUCCUAUUUCGCAACAAAGCCUCCUUCACUCAUGCUGCCAAACAUGCCCUCGUAAAACUGACUAUCCUACCGAUCCUUGACUUCGGCGAUGUCAUUUACAAAAUAGCCUCCAACACUCUACUCAGCAAAUUGGAUGUAGUCUAUCACAGUGCCAUCCGUUUUGUCUCCAAAGCCCCAUACACUACCCACCACUGUGACCUGUACGCUCUUGUUGGCUGGUCCUCACUACAUGUUCGUCGUCAAACCCACUGGCUCCAGGUCAUCUAUAAAUCACUGCUAGGCAAAUCCCCGCCUUAGCUCAUUGGUCACCAUAGCAACACCCACCCGUAGUAUGCGCUCCAGCAAGUAUAUCUCACUGGUCAUCCACAAAGCCAACACCUCCUUUGGCCACCAUUCCUUCCAGUUCUCUGCUGCUAAUGACUGGAACGAACUGCAAAAAUCUAUGAAGCUGGAGACACUUAUCUCCCUCAUUAACUUUAAGCAUCAGUUGUCAGAGCAGCUUACCGAUCACUGCACCUGUACACAGCCCGUCUGUACCCCAUAUUAUUUAUUUUGCUCAUUUGCACCCCAGUAUCUCUAUUUGCACAUCAUCUUCUGCACAUCUAUCACUCCAGUGUUAAUUCUAAAUUGUAAUUAUUUUGAACUAUGGCCUAUUUAUUGCGUUACCUCCAUAACUUACAACAUUUGCACACACUGUAUAUAGAUUUUCUAUUGUGUUAUUGACUGUAAGUUUAGUUUAUUCCAUAUGUAACUCUGUGUUGCUGUUUUAUCACACUGCUUUGCUUUAUCUUGGCCAGGUCGCAGUUGUAAAUGAGAACUUGUUCUCAACUGGCUUACCUGCUUAAAUAAAGGUGAAAUAAAAAAUACAAAUAUAUCUUAUCCCUUGCGCAAAAUAGUCUACAGCUGUGUCUGUCUGGAGCUCACUGGCACAGCAAACUCUGAGGGCCCAGAAUAUUUUAUACAAUGUUGAAAGUUUGCUAGCAAGAUCGGACUGGACCAAGUUAAUAGUUGAUACAAUGUUUCAAGGUCCUUGCAGACCGGCCAUGUGUAGCCAAUGUGAUUUAUAGGAGAUUUUAUUUUUAUCAGGAUAUUUUCUACCUGCAGGCUGCAAUGUUUUUAUUUGUUGGUUUAUGUAGGCUAUUUUUUCAUAUUGGCAAUGGCAAUUACUUUUAGAUUUGUAUCAUUUUCAUUUAGAUAUAAUUUUGAAUUAACCACGUGACAUUGAUUUUGAGAGAUGAAUACUUUUUAUUAUAAAUGAAAUUAAACUGUGCCACAAAUGUGCAUAUAGAAAUCAUGACUGGCACGCAGAUCAGUAGAAAUGUUACGAUAGCUUGUGACUCCAAAUGGAAAAGGUUGCCGAGCGCUGGUGUAGCCUUUUAUUUCUUUCUAUUGGGAUUCGCAUUUUAUAUAAUUUUGUCGUGGGCGGUUUUUAAACCGUUGCUAAUUGUUGGUUUGAUAACAAACAACGUUCAGUCAUGUUACCUAGCUAACUAACAACCUGGUAACUUCACAGUAGGUUUAGGCUCAUCUGAUUGGCCCAGGAAGAAAGGGGAAAAAAAGGGUCUGCUGCUCAUGAGAUGUGCUUAAAAGUCAGGAUUCAUAUAGACCUAAUGUAAAACUAUAUCAACAAUACAUUUCUUCCAUUCGGUUUGGUGCCAAACGUUAUAAGAGUUGGGAGCAGUAUGUGUGUUUGUGGGCGAGAUGGUGUGUGUGUGUGCGUCUGUUAACUGAAGAGUAAAGAAGGUGUCAUGCAGUGUUCUCCCCUUACUGCCACAGUGACAUGCAUCUAUAGUCCUCCCUCUCAUUCCUCCAGCCAAAUCACAGGUAGGCCUUUGCAAAUAUGUGCAAAUCAGCCGAUCUAUGCAGUGUUCUGUUAUACUAUUAUACACUGAACAGUGUAAAGUUAAAUUCAAUGUGUUGUCUUGAGUAGAAGUGUGAAUUUUAGAAUUAUUGGGGGACAUUUAGAAAAAAUGAACAAGUGUCCGGGGGACGGGGCGAAACAUGAUGCUAGGCCACUGAUUUUUUUUUUUUUACUGCGGUAUUGCGAUACUAAUCGGUAUCGUGAUACUUGGCCUGGUAUCGUAUAAUUUGUAAAAUGUUAUCGUGACAACACUAAUAACCACACAGCCGUGUCCACAUUGACCUAGCGCUCUCUCUCUCUGACGUGAUAACCACACAGCCGUGUCCAGAUUGACCGAACGCUCUCUCUCUCUGACGUGAUAACCACACAGCCGUGUCCAGAUUGACCGAACGCUCUCUCAGACGUGAUAACCAAACAGCCGUGUCCAGAUGAAGACCCAAACACAGAGAGCCUGGUCAGGUAAAGGCCUGGUCAGGUAAAGGCCUGGUCAGGUAAAGGCUGGUCAGGUAAAGGCCUGGUCAGGUAAAGGCCUGGUCAGGUAAAGGCCUGGUCAGGUAAAGGCCUGGUCAGGUAAAGGCCUGGUCAGGUAAAGGCCUGGUCAGGUAAAGGUUGCUUUGCUUGAAGGGACACUAGCCUAGCUAGCCAACUCACUGAAGCGCACACACACACACACACAGUCUUAAAGUAGAGCAAAUGAUUAAUCAUGCUUGUCCUCAUGAAUCAUAGAUGCGAAUCUACAUUUUUAUUUUUGAAGUAAGAAAGGACAGGGGGGGGGGAAGUAUAUUGCUCCUAGCAAUGAAGUCUGCUGAGAUAGAAACCGAGAGAUGAAGGUGGAUAGAGAUGGAGAGCGACCGAAAGAGGGAGAUGGAGAGAAGGAAGAUAGAAACGUGGAGAUAGUGUCUCCUAACUCAUCUGAUAGAGAUUAAAGCUCAGUCAACUGGAACAAGUGUAAUUGCUUGUUAAAGCUUUGCCUCCCCGUUCACCCUGGCCCCUACAUUACUAUCUGCUUCCAAUCAAUCAAAUCAAUACUUAACUAACUCCGUCUACAAUCAAAUCAAUAACUUCACCUUAUUGGAAAGGGAGAGAAUUUCAGGUCAGGAGUGGGACUGAGUGGUAAAGAAUUUGAACCAGUGUGAUAAGAGAAGGGAUAAUAAUUAUACAGUUCAGGGUUGGGGUCAAUUCCAAUUUAAUCAGGAAGUUAAAUGGAAUUUCAGAAUGCUGACUGAAUUGAAAUGGAAUUGACCCCAACCCUGAAACCUACAUUAGCAUUACAUUUACAUGACAUUUUAGUCAUUUAGCAGACGCUCUUAUCCAGAGCGACUUACAGUUAGGCUUGAUGAGCAAAGUGUGAUUGCAUUACACAUACAAACCUUAAAGCUGCAAUAUGUAACUUUUUGGGUGACCUGACCAAAUUCACACAAAUGUGUGUUAUAGAUCUAACAUUGUCAUUGAAAGCAAGUCUAAGAAGCGGUAGAUCUGUUCUAAUUCUGUGCUUCCCGUUCUAAAGUUUAGUUUUUGCGUCUCUUACUUUCGGUUUUACACACUAGCUUCAAACAGCUGAAAAAUACCAUAUCUUUGGUUAUGGAAAAGCUAUUUCACAGCGGUUUAGAUGGUACAAUGAUUCUCUAAACUAUACUUGCUUGUUUUGUGUGUCAACCUGAAAUUGUGUGGCGAACUAUUAGCAUUUUAGCAACAAGGAAAUGGCAGUGAUUUCUGCAAAGGGCAUCUUUAACCUACAGUAUAAAUAUCACUGUCUCAAGCAUAGAGCUCGGCGAUAUGGAAAGAAAUCGACUGAAUUAUCACAAGGAUAAAUUGAACAAUAAGUUUAACUAUGUGCACCACAGUUCUUUUUUAUAUUACUUUUAAUGAAUUUUAUUAACUACUACCACUACAUUGUAGCGAUCAAUUGUCCCAUUAACAAUCACCCAAAGGAGCACAUUUAUUUCAUUUUUAAAACAAUUCUCUAGUAGGGCCCUAUAGGUUAUUUAUCGUAAUUAACGUUAUCAGCCAAAUGUCCACAAUAAGCGGUCGAUGUCGAUUACAUUUUCGGUUUAUCGUCCCAGCUCUACUCUGGCAGUUAACGCAUUAUCAAAUAGUGUAUUUUGAACGGCUGCUCCCUACCUCAGCCAGUCACGCUGCUCCUGGCAUUGACUGGAGACCCAUGGUGUGUCAGUGGAAAAGCUUGCGUCCCUGUCGGUUGCUAGACCUGGGUUCAAAUACCAUUUAAAAUAAUUUAACAUACCUGAGCUGUUCGUGAACUUCUCUGUUGCAAUGGAACCAAACAUGCAAAACCUGUCAUGGCCACCCAUUUGACACACCAGGCAGGCUAAAGGAAACACUCAAAGUUUUUAUUUGAAAGAUUUCAAAUAGUAUUUGAAUGCAGGUAGGUCUUCCUGUCGCACUGACUCCCUGUGUCUGCCUUCCUCUCCUUGAUGAGUGAUGCCGGUCCUCAUACAGAGAGGGCCAUCUGUCGGUUUUCUCUUAGUUCCCUUUCCUCUCGAAAUACAACACAUUUCAUAACUGCCUCUUGUUUUUAUCAUGAGUGCUCAAGCGAGGGAGUAAAAUGUCAAAAGUUGUCAUAAAUACAUUUUAAACUUAGCCAUAUUUUUAAGCCUAGCCUUAUUUCUCGUGGUUCCCUUCUCUAGAAAAAUAACCGCAUUUCAUACAGUCAGCCGUGUGUGUGUGUGUGUUUUGUUUUGAUCUUGAGAGCUUGCUCGAGUAAGAUAUCCAAUCAUUUCCCAUGAUAAAUAAACAUAACUUGAAACCUUGCAACCUCACUCUUAUCUCUAUUCCCCUUACUUAAAAAUGAGUCACUUCGCUAUAUAUUCCUUCAGUUCCCUUUCCCGCUGUCUCUGUGCCAACAUGGCAGGUGUAGAUUGCUAAUCCAAGAGGCUAGCUCUUCAGAUCCACUUCUCCCUCAGCAUAUUAAAGGAUCCAGUGGAACUGCCGGGGGAAAUAAAUUGCAGGUGGAAAUAUGUCAUUUGGAGACUGAUUGGAUUUUCUGCCAGCUUCUUGUUGGAGCUCUAGCUAAGAUGUGGCCGCUCAUUUUUGGAGUGUGUUAGCAAUGCUAGUGGAAAUGGAUGGUAUUAGUUAGCGUUCCAUUCACAAUAGCUAUCACUUGAAAGGGCAGUAAACAUUUCGAAGGGGACCAGGGGAGAGCAAUACUGGUGAAAUAAGUGUAAAAACCAGUAAGGGGGCAACAUGGGCUUUUUCUAUAUUCUCCAUCUGUCACCUUCCCUUCAUCUGCACUGAUUGGGACCUCAUCAUUAGGCUUGCUUUCACCUGACCUUAUCAGUUCAGAUGGAGAGGAGGCUAGGAGAGGACAGGGUUUUAAACAAUUGAGAGAUCCAGGGAGGAAUCAACAGCCAAGCAGCACCUGGUCCGUUCAUCGUUGUGGGAACUAACGGGUUGUUGGCGUGUGUGAUUUGUGAUGAUGGCAUGAUGUUAAACAUGUUUCUUCCGUGUUCUCCUUCCAGAUGCAUCAUCCCAUCCAGAUGAAACCCGCCGACAGUGAGAAAACAAACGGUGAGUGACAUCACCGCAGAUACGCUGUGGCACGGGCUGAAGCCUGUCUAAGCAAAACAUGACUUCUGACCAGUUAAAGAGAAUGGGGCUGUGUCCCACUAUUCCAUAUGUACUGCACUACUUUCGACCAGUUAAAGAGAAUGGGGCUGCGUCCCACUAUUCCAUAUGUACUGCACUACUUUUGACCGGGGCCCAUUAGGAAUAAAUAGGGAACAGGGUGCUAUGUGGGGCGCAACCUGGGAUCAGAACACAACUAAUGUCGACCAUGAAAUCCAGGAGGAAGUGGGGAAAUUACAAAGGGGGGGAAUCUCAUCACUUUAAGUUUUCAUUUUUUACAAUUUUAUUUAAAAAAAUGUUUUGUUCCCACACAAUGUCUCAAAUGGUAGUCUGGUCCCAGAUUUGUUUGUGAUGCCAAGGAAUGAGAAUGAUCAAAGGAGUUUGCUGUACAGCAACAAACUGAUCUGAGACCAGACUGCCUGACGCGAUCUCCACGUGCACUCAUUCAUCACUCAUUCCUUCCUCUUCUCCCACUUUACUCUCUCUUUUUCUUUCUCAGAAUCACAUUUACACCCAGAAUUUUACUUGGUGAUAUGAAUCUGAUAGCAAUAGACAACAUAUAGUCUAGAGACAGUUUACAUACAUUAUAUACAAAAUAGAUAGUGAACGUAGAACUGUAGGGUAUGAGUGAAUUUACAGUUAGGAAGAUACAAUUUACAGCAUAAAUAUCUACACAGUGUACAAAACAUUAGGAACACCUGCUCUUUCCAUGACAUAGACUGACAAGGUGAAAGCUAUGAUCCCUUCUUGAUGUCACUUGUUAAAUCCACUUCAAUCAGUGUAGAUGAAGGGGAGGAGACGGGUUAAAAAGCCUGGAGACAAUUGAGACAUGGAUUGUGUAUGUGUGCCAUUCAGAGGGUGAAUGGGCAAGACAAAAUAUUUAAGAGCCUUUGAAUGGGGUAUGAUAGUAGGUGCCAGGCGCACCGGUUUGUGUCAAGAACUGCAACGCUGCUGGGUUUUUCCACGCUUAAGUUUCCUGUGUGUAUCAAGCAUGGUCCACCAUUUUUAAUGGACAUCCAGCCAACUUGACAUAACUGUGAGAAGCACUGGACUAAACAUGGGCCAGCAUCCCUGUGGAACGCAUUCGACACCUUGUAGAGUCCAUGCCCCAACGAAUUGAGGCUGUUCUGAGGACAAAAGGGGGUGCAACUCAAUAUUAGGAAGGUGUUCCUAAUGUUUUGUACACUCAGUGUAUAUGCGGAGGUGGGGAUGUGCACUUCAAUAAUUGCUUUAUUUCUCUAUUUCAGCGGUGGAAGACAGAAAACUCUUUAUCGGAAUGGUGACCAAGAAAUACGGCGAGAAUGAGGUCCGGUUGAUGUUCUCUGCUUUUGGCCAGAUAGAGGAAUGCCGAAUUCUCCGUGGACCCGACGGUCUGAGCAGAGGUGGGUUGUGGGUAACGCAGUGUCACUCUCCUCCACGCUUCCUUUAUAAGAGCGUGGUGAUAUUAACACCAAGGUAUUGGGUUCAAUUCCCUAAGGAAUCAUAAUACACAUAGAAAAAAAUAUAUGCAUGUCAAAUGUACUGCAAGUCGCUUUGGAUAAAUAAUCUGUUUAGGUAUUAUGGUAGUGGCUUCCUCUUUAAAUGCCCCCCCCCCCCCCCCCCACACACCACAGAGCAGAGAGAGAGAGGGGUCCAUACCGCCACUCCACCCUCCUACCUCUCUGAGCAGAGUGAGGGGGGCCGCACCACCGCUCUCACCUCUGCCUGUAACAAAAUAUCCCGGCCGUCGUCAUGGCAACCCCUAGCUGCUGGUGUUCUGGGCUGGGCUCAGCUGGCAGCACAGGACACACACACACACACACACACACACACACACACACCCAGUCAGUGCUGCACCGCCCCCACUAUGCUCCACAAAGGAUGGGAUUAUUCCUCUCCGCCUGCCGCAACUUCUAUCUGUCUGUCUGUGCCGCAGAAGACGCCAUAAAAGCCAAUGAGUGGAAAGCAGAGCAGAACAUGCAGAACACGGCUCAAACUGUCACUGCGCCCUGUCGUUAGAUAUUAGCCGUGUUGAGUGUCUGUCAUUGUAGCAUGUGAUGUUGCCAUGCCGUUUCUAUGCAGAUAUCUCUACAUUUCAGUUACCCCCACCCCAUAGUGUGUUGUGUUAGUUAUCACAUUCACCCCGUCGCCCCAUCCUCAGCUUCUCUUAAUUGUGAUAUAAUACGUCCGUUAUUGUUACGUCACCGUGCUCGUGAUUGUUGUUGUUGUGACUGUUGUCGUUGUGUUCUUUCUUCCAUGUACUAACCAGUGAGAGCGGUCCUUCUGUCGGUGUGCUUGGAGUGCCGUUCAUUCUGCUGCUGUGUUACUGUGUAAUGUGUAACGUUUCAUAACGACGUGUCCAAAUACCUUUUUUGUCUGGUUUUGUUUCUUCUUUGUCCCCCCCCCCCCCCCCCCCCCCCCCCCCCUCUUGUUCCCCCUCCCCUACAGGCUGUGCGUUUAUCACAUUUUCUACCAGGGCUCAGGCUGCGAAUGCAAUCAAAACCAUGCAUCACUCUCAGACUAUGGAGGUACUGUAUCCCUUAGCACAUAUUUGUAUUUAUUUAUUUUUUAAAUCUGUUUUAGAGGAAGCCUAAUGAAUCCAUAAUAUCCCACAAAUGUAUUGAUAAUGUGACGUGUCAGUUGCAAAGCACCCUACAACCUCUUACACAAGUGUUUACCAACGUUAAACAUGGUAGAACAUAGACUCCACUCUAUCGAAUAGGGCGUUUAAUUGAAAUAUAGGCUACUGUAUUUGAGUAACUGUCCCGCUAAAUCAGUUCAAAACUGGGCCAGUAUUCCUGUUGGAUCAGUUCAGUGCUUAGGAACUGGGCCAGUAUUCCUGUUGGAUCAGUUCAGUGCUUAGGAACUGGGCCAGUAUUCCUGUUGGAUCAGUUCAGUGCUUAGGAACUGGGCCAGUAUUCCUGUUGGAUCAGUUCAGUGCUUAGGAACUGGGCCAGUAUUCCUGUUGGAUCAGUUCAGUGCUUAGGAACUGGGCCAGUAUUCCUGUUGGAUCAGUUCAGUGCUUAGGAACUGGGCCAGUAUUCCUGUUGGGUCAGUUCAGUGCUUAGUAACUGGAGCAGAAGUAAUGUGACGGCUAACAUGUCAGUGGCUCCCUAGUGAAGCAUCCAACCGAUCCCUAAUUAGGAACAACUCAUUAAACCCAACUCAUCUCUGGACCUCGGAGAUUAGAACUAGGUCCCACUAAUGGUGGCACCCUUUUUGAGGGUUGCUAUAAAAUUGUGAAAUUCUGGAUGUUUUAACAAUCCCCAGGUUUUCCAGAAAUCACGGUUGAAGCGUUCCCUCAUGAUUCCAUGCAUCCUGUGACUGGGUUUUCUGGGGGAUUUUGGGAACAUUUCCAGGCAUUUUACAACCCUAGUAGUCCCUUUUACUGUCUGUUACCCCCCUGGUCCUACGGGAGGUGCGACUAGUGUUGAAAGUCAUUUCCUGUCCAGCCUGGUCCCCUCGUCUGGCUCUCUCACACAGAUACCCUCCGCAUGUCUCCGUCUGGUCUCUCCAGUGACCCGUCAAUAUCUGGCUUGUAAUGUCUGUCUGUUACAGAAGAAUACAGCGCUAUGCUAUGUAUGAGUUUUGUUGUGGCGAAAUGUCUUAUCUAGUUAUGUCAUGACUUGGACGUACACAUCCGUGUUUGUGUGUGUGGAGUCGACUCUCCUCAGCCUCAGUCCCUCCCUUCCGCCCCAAUCCUCGUUUUGAGCCAUACCCUCCAUUGUUAAAAAGUGUAAUUGUCUGUCUGUCUGUCUGAACAUUAUCCCUUCCUGGUUCUGUCUGUGGAACGUUGCCUGGCUUUGUCGUGCAUGGCAGUGUGUUUGUUUACGAUUUGAAUGCAACACUUUGACAAGUUUAUUUAAAUAAAUAGCUCCUGAGUGGCGCAGUGGUCUAAGGCACUGCAUCGCAGUGCUAACUGUGCCACUAGAGAUCCUGGUUCGAAUCCAGGCUCUGUCGCAGCCGGCCGCGACCGGGAGACUCAUGGGCGGCGCACAAUUGGCCCAGCGUCGUCCAGGGUAGGGGAGGGAAUGGCCGGCAGGGAUGUAGCUCAGUUGAUAGAGCAUGGCGUUUGCAACGUCAGGGUUGUGGGUUCGAUUCCUACGGGGGGCCAGUAUAUAUAUAUAUAUAUAUAUAUAUAUAUAUAUAUAGAUAUAUAUAUAUAUAUAUAUAUAUAUAUAUAUAUAUAUAUAUAUAUAUAUAUAUAUAAAAAAAAAAUGUAUUCACUAACUGUAAGUCGCUCUGGAUAAGAGCGUCUGCUAAAUGACGUAAAUGUAAAUGUAAAUACAUUUCCCAGUUUACCACAGGCAUAGUCCAUCCCCUACAAAUGGGGAUUCCUGACAAAAUGUCCUUGCAGAUUUUACUCUGUGAUAGUGUCUCUGUACGUGACAGUGUGUGAACUUCACUGGGUGACAUCCAACCCUCCCCUCCCCCACUACAGGGCUGCACUUCCCCCAUGGUGUGUAAGUUUGCGGACACUCAGAGGGACAAGGAGCAGCGGCGCCUGCAGCAGCAGAUGGCCCAACAGAUGCAGCAGCUCAACAGCGCCUCCACCUGGGGAAACCUGGCAGGGCUGGGAGGCCUCACACCACAGUACCUGGCUGUAAGUACGCCUUUAAUACCAGGGUUGGGGGGUCAAUUCAGAAAGUAAACCAAAUUCCAAUUCCACAUUUUACUCAUUUGAAAAGCGUUGAGGAGAAUUGCAAUUUCAGUGUACUUCCUGAAUUGACUGGAAUUUAAAUGGAAUUGACCCCAACCCUGCUUAAUACUCCAUAGUAGGGCUGAACGAUUAAUUGCAUUCGCGAUAAUAUCGCGAUUUGACUGAACGCGAUUUUCUAAUCGCAACGUGCGCGAUUUGAGGUGGUCACGUGACGCGACUUUUCAUGCUGUCCAGCGCAAUGGCCUCUUGCUCGACGGAACAGUCAGAAACUGACACAGCUGAUACUUUAAUAUCGAAGAGGAACAGCACGUCGGUGGUGUGGAACUAUUUUGGUUUUAAAAAAGAAGAUGCUGAGCAGCGUCAGGUGUUGUGCAGAGCAUGCCGUGCUCCGAUUGCUACUUCACGGGGUAACACUACAAACCUGUUUCAGCACUUAAAAAAAUACCACAAAUCAAUGCAUGACAGUUGUAUGACCAAAAUGCCGAGCAUCAGUGCGCGAGACAAGCCAAAUACCUCAAGACAGGGAUCACUGACAGAAAUGUUCGAAAGUGUCACUCCGUAUGAACGUAAUUCAAAACGGCACGGAGAAAUCACUCGGACAAUAACCGAGUUCAUAGCCAAAGAUAUGAUGCCUCUCAGUCGCAGAGGCAGAGAUAAACAAUUACCUGAUGACUCCUACCAUUGAUGGAGAAGAUGAUCCAUUGGCUUGGUGGAGGGUGCACAAGAUCAGCUACCCACAGUUGUGCACCAUGGCACGCAAGUAUCUUUGUGUACCUGCUACAAGCGCUCCCUCAGAGCGUCUUUUUAGCACAGGAGGGAAUAUUGUGACUUGCACUCGCUCAUCCUUGAAGCCAGAAAAAGUCAAUAUUCUGGUUUUCUUAGCAAAAAACCUGUGAGCCACUGAGAACAGAACUGUUGGAUAAGUAUGGCUGGCAGUGCCAUACUCGUAGUGAACUUUAGUCUGUGUGGUGUGUUAUUGUUGUGUACUUGAGAUAAGUGAGGCUCAUCUAUUUUAUAUUAUAAUAUUCAAAUCGUUUAUAAAAAAUAGUUUGUCUAAAUUAAAAGUGCAUUUCUCAUUUUUUAUUUAUAACUUUAUUUACUUUGAUUUUACAAAAUAUUUUCAAAGCAAAUUCCUUGUUUCAGUUGUGUGAAAUGUUACUGACUUGGGAGCAGUAAGAUACAUACAAUUUAAAAUUAUUUUUUUCUUAAGACUGUACCUUUUGCACACAGUGUUUACAAAGUUCAUGCCUUUGUUUAAAUUAUUUAAAUGCACAGUGGCAAAGCCACAGAUGUUUCUGUAAUGAGCAGUUCAAUAAAAAUGUCAUUUAUUUCAAGUCAUACAUGUUUGAAUUUAAUUCUAACAAAUAGACCCAGCCUAUGGGAAAGAACAUUUCACACUAAAUGUAUAUACUAUUGUGUUGGUCAUAUUUAAAUCAUUCAUUAUGUUUUGUAGGGGAAAAAGGAUAAAUAAAUUAAAUCGCAUAUUAAAUCGCAAUCGCAAUAUUGGGGGCAAAAAAUCGCAAUUAGAUUAUUUUCCAAAAUCGUUCAGCCUUACUCCAUAGUACUCUAUAGUACACCACAGUGACCUGGUAGGCCUCACCACAGUACCUGGCACUAAUUACACUAUAGUACAUAUCAGUAACCUGGCAGUAAGUACACACCAUAGUACACUAUAGUGCACCACAGGGUUGGCCAGGCUGGGAGGCCUCGCACCACAAUGCCUGUCAGUAAGUGGAAACCAUCAAUAUACUUUGUUCAUAAAUAUACACAGUUUAUCAUUGUUGGAAAGCAUGGCAUUGAGAAGUAAUGGACUCUUUCUCAAUUUGUUUUUCCUCGGUUCCUUGACAUCUCUCCUAGCCUUUUUCUCAAACCGUAUUUGAGGAGGAGAUCCAAGGUCCCUCCCCUCGGACCUUCUCCUCCAAUGAGUUUUGAGGAGAGAGGACGCGAGGAAUCAUGGAAAGACUAAACUAAUUGAGAAAGAGCACAAGUAUCUCCUUUUGUUCUAUUGUUCUAGAACUCACUCUUUCUCUUUCUUUCACAGUUGCUCCAACAGGCGACAGCUACCAGUAACCAGAGUAGUUUUGGUAACCAGAGUAGUUUUGGUAACCAGAGUAGUUUUGGUGGCAUGCAGAGACUAGGAGGUGAGUCAAUCACUGUCCCUGUUCCCGUUCCCCAUAACUCCAUCCCACUUCGAUUAAACAAACAGACAACUGUUCAUGUAAACAACCUUCUGACUCAGUGUUUCACUCCCACAUAGUUUCACAACUACUAACAUCACUUUACCCUUGAAUGAGAUCAUCGUUGGGAAGAUUAAUCAGAGUAGCUAUUCUAGGAGACACAAGUCUGCUGGGGACAAACUUAGAGGGGUGAAUAUCCAAAAACCUGUGGAGUGCCUCAAGGCAGUGUGCUAAGGUCACUUGUUUUCCUGUUAUGUCAAUGAUAUGAAGUCAGCUUCUUCUUGCCAUCUUCUGUAAGCCGAUGAUUCCACUCUUCUGGUCUCCCAUAAGGACAGCUGAUGCAGCUCCAUUUCCCCCCUCUCGGUUUUCAUUGCAAAUAGGAAUCUGUUCUUAGUUGUAUUUAUCGAGGUAUAUCAAUUAUCUCUCCUCCCCUGUUCCAGCCAUGUUAGCUGAUCAUGACAAUAUUACUUCUUAUAAUGAGGACGACGUUAAACAUCUCCCUCUGUCUCCUCUUCCAGGUGUGAACCAGCUGCAGCUGCAGAACCUGGCCACGUUAGCUGCUGCCGCCUCUGCAGCCCAGAACUCAGGCGGCUCCACCAACGCCCUGUCAGCCAACGGAGCUUUAGGUAAUCUCUACAACUCAGGUAAAUAUGGUACAGCACUAGGUAGUCCAAACCCAGUUUCUCUCAUUUUUACUUUUGUGUUAUUAAAAAGUCGCCACCCACCAAAAGAUUACAACUACAAGUGUCGUUCAUUUGCAUUUUGCCUGGAUUAUAUCCGAUCCACCACAGGUCCCCAGUUACAUUCAGCUGUGGGCAGAUCUUUCCUUGAGCGGAUGGUCGGGAGGGCAGGAACAUAGUUAUAAAUAACACUGCAAUCCCAAACCGAUAUUGUAUUUGUGAUAAACAGAAUAAUUUCAAUCCUUCAUUACAUUGGGAUACGAUCACAUAUGCCUCUAUUUAUGUGUGGGAAUACUUGAAUUGAUUUCCUCAAUUAAAAUCACUUUGAGCUCAUUUCCUGGUGAUUUUUGUAUUUUAUUUCCAACAACGAAAACUAUAAUAAAAUAAGACUUGGCCUCCCAAAUAAAUUCACCGGCCCGCAGGCCGCCUAUUGGGGAACCACUAUACGCUAUAGCUUAUUUGCUUUUUGUCAUCUUUAAUUUACUUACGACUAUGUGAGUUAAUCAGUUGAAUUGAUAGAUUAGUUUGUGGAGUGAGUGAGUCUCUGUUUACCUAACGGUGAUCUCUCCCCAGCAGCAGGCCAGACAGCAGGUUCCAGCGCAGGUGCAGCCAUGAACACCCUGGCCUCUCUGGGCCUGACCCAGGGCCUCGGCGGGGGCCUGGCAGGGGCCUCCAUGGGUCUCAACAAUCUCAACGCCCUCACUGGGGGGGUCAGCGGUGAGUACGCCCUGAGUGAGUACCGCACUAAAAAAAACAUGACUUUACUACCUUUUCUUCAACCCUGUUUGUUGUUUCCGUCUUUCAAAUCAUACCUUCAUUCUGUUGGUGAUCAGGCUUCUUUAGAUAUCUGCCUGGUUUCACGGCCACAGAUUGCCUGGUCCAGGACCAAAACGAAUGCUUUGGAGAAUCUCCAUAAAAAAAUCUGUUUUUAGUCCAGGACCAGGCUGGUGUCUGGGAACCCAGCCACUAUAGUCCUUAUUGAAUCUCAAAUGUAUGACUACACGAAUGCCAGUCUGUACGGUAGGGCCCGGACGAUACCAGCAUUGCACUAUUUUUUUUUCCCAUGGCAAAAAUGAAAACACGAAGCAGACCACUCUUUGGUCCUUUUAAAAACCUGCUGUAUAUAAUAUAGUGUGCUAUAGCCAGAAAAUAAAUCAAUAUGACUCUAGAUGACAACAAAAUGUUACUUUCCAACAUUAGGGCUGUUUUCCUAAAUAAGUUAAAUCUGCUUCGUGUUUUGUUUGCUUGCCACAAUACUAAUAAUGAGUAUCGCGAUACUGGUAUCGUCCCGGCCCUACUGUACGGUAGAAAGGACUAGGUGUCAAAGCCUGUCUGGCUGUUGUAUCCACUUGCGUGGAUAUAAUCUAUAUUUUUGAAUUGUCAAAAAUAAAUUCUAUGUUUCCGUCUACUGUGUUAGGUAUGGCUGCUAUGAACGGGGGCCUUGGGGCCUCGAUGGCCAACGGCUCUGGGGCGAGCUCCAUGGAUGCCCUGACCCAGGCCUACUCAGGGAUGCAGCAGUACACUGCCUCCGCCCUGCCUUCCCUCUACAGCCAGUCCCUACUGCAGGGAGCAGCCGGCGGGAGCCAGAAGGAGGGUGGGUUUCAGGCCACACCAUUUACCAAUAUUGUUUUGUGUUGUAGUCAUUUAGCAGACGCUCUUAUCCAGAGCGACUUAUAGUAGUGAGUGCAUACAUUUUCAUACUUUUUUUUCUCGUACUGGUUCCCCCGUGGGAAUCGAACAUAUGUGGACAGUACAUACAAUUUCAAGCUUGUCUAGGAUAACACAAAGUAAAUUACUUAUUUCCAUUGGGAUCCCUUUAAAUUGACGUGUGUGUUUCCGAGUGUCUUGUAAGCCCAUAUGCGCUGGGCACCUAACAAGGUGUAUGACAUUUAAAGAAGAUAAUAGAUUAACCGAAGGGCACAGAGUCGCAUGUUUACUGAGUACCACAUCAUUCUCUCUUUCAAAAAAAAAUUAAACUUUAAAAAACUGCGUCCUCUCCUUCAUUGCUCCUUUAGCCAGGAGCCAGAAGGAGGGUGAGUCAGUCCACAGUCACACUAACCACACCUGGGUUCAGGUAGUAUUGGCUUUCUUUCAAAUACUUUGAGCAUUUCCUUGAGCCUGCCACGAGUAUGGUAAGUUAACCCCUAAACUUUAAUCUUGGGUCAGUUUUGCUUUUACCCCACUAAUGGUUACGGUUAGGUUUGGGGGAGGGUAAACUGGUCCUAGAUCUGUACCUAUGGGAGAUUUUACCAGGGAGCCCUUGAGUGCCAGUUGGGCAGUCUUUGCACUUUUGGGACUAUUCCAUUGCGCUAGGCGAGCUCGAUUUAAGUAUUGGAAAGAUUUCAAAUACUGUUUUGAACCCAGGUCAGUCUGAUGGCCGUAGGUGUGCUUUGGUGUUUCUUGAUCUGUCAAAAUGUAUCCUCCAUUGACCUUAGUCUCUCUCUCCUCUCUUCCCACAGGUCCUGAGGGGGCUAACCUGUUCAUAUAUCACCUGCCCCAGGAGUUUGGAGACCAGGAUGUCCUUCAGAUGUUCAUGCCUUUUGGAAACGUCGUCUCUGCCAAAGUCUUCAUUGACAAACAGACCAAUCUGAGCAAGUGCUUCGGUACGUAUGGUCGUCUUCGACCCCCUAAACAUGAGCAUAGAGAUAGAUGGAUGGAUAGAUACAGGCCAUCGUAAAAUUCCAGAAGUGUUCUCUUUUUGUUGCUCCAAUUCUAAAAUGCAUAGAUCAAUGUUUUAUUGCUUACAUAAGAGUUUAGUUUACCACAGACACAGCUCUCUCGCUAACUUGCAUGCUUAAUAUAACUUUAAUAGCUGUUUACUAGUAUUUACCUUUCUCUCGUCCAUUCCUCAGGGUUCGUCAGCUACGACAAUCCGGUGUCGGCGCAGGCCGCCAUCCAGGCCAUGAACGGCUUCCAGAUCGGCAUGAAGAGGCUCAAGGUGCAGCUGAAGCGCUCCAAGAACGACAGCAAACCCUACUGAUCGUACCCAGGGCAGGGGCCUUCCCCCUGGCUCUGUGUUAGCAAUGCUAGGGUAAGUCUAAGUCUACCCAACCAGCUAGCCAACCCACGACUAGAGCCGAGGCCACCCGAUCGCCACAGCAGAGACUUAUUUCACUGGGGUAUGGUGGAAAGGGGCUGUGGGUGUCAUACCAACUCUCACCACAGGGGGGGUCGUCGACGAUUAUUCUCUUUAACGUUACGAUCUUAUCUCUCUACAAUGUUUAUUAUUACACCCAUCCAUUCCUUUCACAGUUUCAUCGUGUCAUUUUUGAGUCGUAUAAAGUGUUAUAAUUUAUAUGAUUAUUUAUAGCUAUCGAUGGAGCCAAUGUUCAAGGGAGUCUUUUUGUGUCGUGUGAUAUAAAAGAGGGAUCAUACGGUUUCAUUACCUCUACAAGGUUUAAAAUACAGGUUGACUAAGAAUCAGACACACAGGCUUGAUUCUGUCAGAUUUUCUGAGCUUUUGGUCUUCAGUCUGUCGCAUAUUGAUCUCUAUGUGAAGCUCCUGUUUACUUUACUCUCUCUCUGCUUCCACCUUUUUCUCGCAUUCUUUCUCUCUUAAUCUAAGCCAUGUCAAGCUGCUGGGGCUACCUCUGCUCUCAUCGCUCUUUCUUAAUUAACUUCUUCCAAUCAUUCCAUCCGUCUGUCCAAGUCUUCCCUAAAGGGACUGACUGGAGAUGGAUCAGUGUAUGUCUGAGUCUCUCUACCAUACAUCUAGUGAUGUCAUUUCCUAAUCUGGUGAUGUCAUUUCCUGUGUCAAACCUGUGUAUUGUUUUGUGUGUGGGGAAAGAUCAUCCCCGAUUUGCAGUUAAUGCUAUGUGUGGUGACUGGCAGUUGUUGGUUGAUUGUGCCUCAUGGUUGAAAGGUUCUUGUGCUGUGGCUCUGUCUAACUUAUCUCUCUCUCUCAACAUCUCUCUCUCUCUCUCUCUCUCUCUCUCUCUCUCUACAUCUCUCUCUACAUCUCUCUCUCUACAUCUCUCUCUCUCUCUCUCUCUCUCCUCACAUCUCUCUCUCUCUCUCUCUCUUCUCUACUCUCCUCUCUCCCCUCUCUCUCCCUCUCUCCUCUCUCAACUCUCUCUCUCUCUCUCUCUACAUCUGCUCUCUCUCUCUACAUCCUCUCCGCUCUCUCUCUACUCUCUGCGUCUCGUCUCUCUCUCUCCUCUCUCUCUCAGCCUCUCACUCGUCUACGUCUCGCUCCUCAUCUCCUCUCUCGUCUGCUCUCUACGUCUCUCCUCUCGUCUUCUCGCGUCUCCUGCUCUGCUCACUCUCGCUCACAGUCUCCUCUCUCGCCGUCCACGCUCUCUCUGCCUCCUCUACAUUCCUCUUCUCUCUCGCUCUACAUCUCAAUCUGCUCUCGACAUCUGCUCCGGCUCUCUCCGUAACCCUCACGCUCUCUCUCUGCUCACUCUGCUCCUCUCCUCGUCUUCUAAAUCUCUCCUCUAGCUCACUCUGCUCUAUCUCAAUCUCGUCUCGCUUCUCCAUCGCUCUCCCCUCUCCUCCUCUCUCUCUCUCCUACAUCUCCCUCUCUACAAUCUCCUCUCUACUCUCAUACAUUCUGCUCUCUCUACAUCUCUCUCGCUCUCUCUCUCCUCUCUCUCGUCUCUACAUCUCUCUCUCUACAACAAUCUCUCUCCUCUCUCUCUCUCUCUACAAUCUCUCUCCUCUCUCUACAUCUCUACAUCUCUCUACUCUCUCCUCUCUCCUACAUCUCUCUACAUCCUCGUGUUUUUUUCUUCCCUUUUUUUUAGAACAAAUCUUCAUGCCUGUUUGCUCAUCGUUAGCCUAGCAUGUCCUCAUGGUGUUGAAAGCCAACUCCAAACUCCUCUUCCUCCCGGCUACUCCUCAUCAUCCUCCCACCAUUGGCUCUUUGAUGCCGCUCUAAAGCUCACCUGACCAAUAGGCUACCUGGCCACACACCCCGCUGACCUUUUGACCUAUGACAUUUGACCUUAGCUCAACAUGAUUGGGUGCGUCCAAAAUGGCACCCAGUUACCUAUACAAUGCACUACUUCUGGCCAGAGCCUUUUUGACCAGUGCAAAUUACUGCACUAUAUAGGGAAUAUGCUGUCAUUUUGGAUACAGUCCUGAUUUUUUUGCAUGUAACUUUUUGUUUGUUUUUUCCUGUAUCAAAUGUGAGGGGAGGUCGGUCAAGCAAAAUCAAUGUGAAAUCUUACCUGCGGUCAUUUCAUUUAAAAUACUUUGAAUUUGUAAAAAAAAACUUGCGAAUGCAAAAAAAAAAAAAA